UGGCUAUCUUCACACAACUGGAACAUCAAUUUCUCCAUUCCCAACUGGUAGCUACCUCGAGUGAUCCAGCUAGCUAACGAACGCUUCACAUUGAGAGUUCUGGGUUGAUGUUCCAUAUUUACUUUUCUACUAGUAGAACCUCCGCUUGGUAAAAUUCGAAGAAUAAUAUAGAUUAUUUUAAUUCUACUGCACAAAACAAGUGCAAAGUUAAUAGCUACUUUUAAGCUAAUUUGCUAGCAUUGCUAGUUAGGAAAGCUAACGUUACGGUAUUUUGUUUUCUGAGAUUUGGCUAAAAGGGCGGGUAUUCUUUUUGUUUUUGCCAUCCCAGCCCCCAACAGCUUGUUAUUGCUCAUUCGAAGACUGCAGUAAAUCGUAGCUAGCGUGCUCGUUAGCUUGAUAAUAUCGUGCGUAUUCAGCCAGGAAGCCAAUUCAAGGCCUUGCUUACCACAAGUCUUUGCAUCGUCGUGCAGUGAGAGCUGACAGCUUACUUGGUGACAAAGAGACUUCUCCCUGAGGAGCCAAGAAGUAGACGGCUCAUGACUUCUGACCAGGAUACAAAAGUUGUAGCUGAACCACAGGUGCAGCAAGUACAAGAAGCAAAAGAGAGCUCUCAUCUGGAAUCUGCCAAGUUUUCUGACCUGAACCCCAAUGCAAAAGCAUGGGCCAAUCACAUGCUUAACCUGGACACCGCCACUGCGACUGGGACUGCGAACACACCUGCUCUCCAGCCAUGGAAGGAUGGCUGCGAUAGCAGCUCUGCUGACCCUGGGCCAGAAGGCUAUGAAGCCAGCAAAGACAAAGUGUUUGAGGAGCCCCUGUUGGCCGACCCAGAUGAGCCUCCACCGGUGAUGAUGGCAGAGCCAGCCCCCAUGGCCGCAACCGUCACCCUGGAGGGCGCCGACCCUGCUGCAUACCCAGAGUCUGGCCAGGAGGCAACUCACACAGACGGUGAGCUCCAGCAGGAGAGCCGUCAGGAGGACCUCCGGGAACACCUGAAGAAGACCCUGGAGUUCUGUCUGUCCCGGGAGAACCUGGCCAGCGACAUGUAUCUUAUCUCUCAGAUGGAUAGUGACCAGUAUGUGCCAAUCGUGACGGUAGCUAACCUGGACCACGUCAAGAAACUCAGCACGGACGUGGUGUUGAUCGUUGAUAUCCUACGAUCGCUGCCGUUGGUCCAGGUAGAUGAGAAGGGGGAGAAGGUGAGACCCAACCAGAACCGCUGCAUCGUCAUCCUCAGAGAGGUCCCUGAGAGCACUCCUGUAGAGGAGGUCGAGGCUCUUUUUAAAGGAAAGAACUUACCUAAAUUCAUAAAUUCUGAGUUUGCCUACAACGACAACUGGUUCAUCACCUUUGAAUCAGAAGCAGAUGCACAACAGGCAUAUCAGUAUCUUCGUGAAGAAGUGAAAACCUUCCAAGGGAAACCUAUUAAGGCACGGAUAAAGGCGAAGGCAAUUGCUAUCAACACUUUUAUGCCAAAGAAUGGCUACCGCCCGGUGGAGGUAAACCCAUAUGCUCAACAGCAGCAGCAGCAGCAGCAACAACAACAACAACAGCGUUACACCUCGUACUACAUUCCUCCAGUGUACAGCCCUCAGCAACAGUUUCCCCUCUACAGCCUUAUCACUCCACAGGCCUGGUCAGCCACCCACAGCUUCAUAGACCCUUCACUGGUUACAUCAUUUCACAACACCCAAUUCAUCAAUGGAUUUACAACAUCCCAUAGUUUUAAACCAGCGACGUCUCCUCUUGCUGGUGUUAGGCACUACUCUCCCAGGAAUAGGAAUCACACUCACAAUAAACCUCACCUGAGGCCCACAAUACCCAACGCAGAUCAGCGUGGCACAGGGCUCCUGGACAACCCCACCAUCUUCAACUUCCCCACAGAGCGCAUCCUGAACGGGGUGCCCCGGGGUUCCCCCCAGACGACGCGGCUCCUGAGCCAGAACAGAACCAGGUUACCCCCCUCCACCAUGACCUACCCCAGGAGGGACAUCGGUACGGGUCGGGUGGAGCCCGUCAGCACCGACUACUCACUGGGCAUGGGCCGUGGAAGGACAAAUAUUUAUGGUUCUAGGAAAAAGAGGGAUGACAACAAGUUUACAAGAGUGGCCACCCAGUCACCCCCUCCUCAGAAGCCCCCGUCCCCCAGCUUUGAGCUGGGGCUCUCCAGCUUCCCCCCCCUGCCUGGGGCCGCAGGCCACCUCAAGACCCCUGACAACAUGUUUGAAAACAGACUGGCCAGCAUGGUAAUAGGAGCCACAAAGGUCAGGAAUGUAAGUGUUGAUGCCAGCGGUGCAGGCGCCCUCCUCCCCUCAGGAGGACCCAAGGAGCCACUGAGGACGUUCACGUCUCCACAGCCCCCGAGCCUCCUGCCCGCUGCUCCCCCAGCCCUGACCCUAGCACCAGCCUCGGGCCCUGUCCCUAUCCCCACUCCCUCCCAACCCGCAGAGGAAGUGAAAGUUCCGGAGGCGAAGCAGAAGGAGAACCGGGUCUCUGUGGAGCUGGUCACUGACACCCUGUACACUGCUAGCAAAUAUGUUCAAGUCAAUGGGGCUGCUACAGAACUGCGAAAGCCCUCUUACGCUGAGAUCUGCCAGAGGAUUAAAGACCACGCUCCGACACUACAGGCCCCUAAAGAGGCCAAGCCAGCCAGCAGCGCUGCCUCCGCAGGAGAGGAGAGGAAGUGCCCUGACGCAGCUCCAGGGGACAGGGGCGAGCCCAAGGCCCCCCGAGAGACAUACCCAGGCUCCUCCAAGCCUGCUAACCCAGGCAGACCCCGAGAGGUCCGGAGACCAACCGGCCGGUGGCCCUCACCACCUCCCCACCACCCAGGGAAGGGUCCCAGCAGCAAAGAUCUCAACACCCCCCCAAAGUACCUGCAGUAAACCCCAACUGCAAUAAAGUCAAUUUCAAAACAAAUGUGUGAGAGGAAAAAAAUCUGGAAAAAGUCAGGGCUAUUGAAAUACAACCUAUCCCAAAAUCAUCAGUCACAGCAUAGAGAGGAUGUGUUUCUGGAUCAGGGCUUACUGACAAUAGCACCUCAGUGUGCAUGUAGAGAACCGUUCAUCUUUACUUAUUUAUUUUUUGGGAGGUUUAUUUCAUUUGGAUUUUUUUUGCAUUAUUUUGUGUCAAUCAGUCAAAUGAACUCUUGUUCAGAUUAGUGGGAUAAAUUCAUAUGUCCAAACUGCCUUCCAAGAUAAUAUUGUGAGAGUAGGUAGACUGGAAGCCACCCAGUGAGUGAAUGAAGGGAAGUGGAUGAGUAACGGAAUAGCGGUUUAGAUCUUGUUAGUUGUGGGGGGUGUUUCUGUAUGUUGUAUGCAGUCCUAAGAUGUAAUGUGAUUCCAUUGCAGGAUGAGAUGAUCAGUCAGUCAUGAGAUUGGCGUCCCAAAUGACACCCUAUUCCCUGAGUAGCGUACUACUCUCGGUCAAAAGUAGUGCACGACAUACGGAAUAAGGCGCCGUGUGGGACGUAGCCAUAAUUGUUUUUACAUAUUUACAUUCAUAUGCAAGGUCAACUAGUCUAGUGUCAUUUUAGACUUCACUGAAAUCCACAGAAGACCUACUUUCUGAGGGAUUUCUGAGAUUCUUUUUGCCAACACGGAACUCUUUGUCAUUGUAACACCAGCAUAUGAGGAGAAUACAUUUAUUUGCAUACUGGUUUUGAUUGUUGGUACAAGUACCUCUAGUUGUUGCGUGCUGGUGGUUUUAAGAGCGCCAAAGUCUUUAUCUGGUAUUUCUUGUGGUAAACAAUAAAAUGUAGAUUUCUGCUAUCCCAUUCACAGGAGUCUGUUUCCUAGCCGUAUAAAGCACAUUGCUAGUUAGGCCUCUUAGAGAGAGGUACUAUCAGUGUCAGUAGAAAUCUACGUGUAUUUUCAUCUCAGAAAAAAAAACGCAUAAAUUCAUCAUGUUGUGGCUAUUGGUGACUUUACUCCUUCUAAAUUUAGCUGUGAAACGAGCAUGUCAAAGACUAGUUCAGCGGGCACAUGUUGGCAGUGGAGGUGGCUAGCCUACUAUAAGGAGUAGGCAGUAGGGUUUUGGCAGGGUGCAGUGACUUAAUUAUUUUAGAUAGCUAUGGUGCUAGAGGAUGAACCUGGAACGUGUUACUUCAAUGAAUCUGGUACUGUACUUAGAAAAUAAUACUUGAUACAUGUCGUCAACUAAACUUUGCACUAUUUGUUUUGAUUCUGGACAUACAGAAGCAAAAAGGGAACAUGUGAAUCUAGUUUCAUAUUCUCUGAAAUGUAAAGAGGAAUAUUGAAACUGCUGAUAGUCACAUUAUAAGCCCUUUAAAAUAUCAGUUAUACAACAAAUGUAGUUUUCUCCCUCUUGGAUUUUAACCUUUCUUUCCAUUUGACUUGUGCAUUAUUAUUAAAUGUUGUGGCAGGGUAAUCAGUUUCAGAAGACCUAAAUGUUGACUAAUUCGAUUAACCUCUACAUGGAGAAAUUCACACAAGUUAAACUGUUUGUUUACUCCCAUGUAAAUGCCUACUAGACAUACUUCCGUGCAGGAUAAAAAUAACUUUAGUUAUUUUCUUUUGUGCUCACUUUCAUUGAUUUAAACCUGUGGAGUUCCACUAACAAUGGCUUAUUUUUGCAGUGGUGUUUUUUAUUUGAUUUUGUUUUCCAUUUUAGGUAGUGAAUUAUGAAACCACUGGUACGUGUUUUUUUUGUUUUUUUUUCAUUUUUAUUUUUUAUAAAGCGGUUUGUUUAUUCAGUAUUACAGUAGCAAAUUGUAAUGUGGGUUUACACCUUAGAUCAAAGGUUCCCAAACUAUGUCCUGUUCUCUCCCCCCCCGGAUGCAUGUUUUUGUUUUUGCCCUAGGACUACACAGCUAAUCCAAAUAACCAACUCAUCAAGCUUUGAUGAUUUAAAUCAGCUAUGUAGUGCUAGGGCAAAAAACUAAAUGUGCCCCAGGAGGGGACCCAGGACUGAGUUUAGGAAAUCCUGGUGGCUCCAAAACAUUUACAAUUAAGUAGAAUUGGUUGAAAGGAAGAAGUGGGGUUUUUCCUUCACUACAAAUGUUAGAUAUUAAGGUAAAUGAUGAGGCAGCCCUUUUAGAAUGAAGGUAUAGCUUUAGUCAUUGGGUGACACUCAGAAAAUAUGAGUAGUAAACUGCACCCUGUGAGCAGGCAACUUUGACUUGUUUUGGAUGCUGUAAAUCUGAGCAGCCACUGAGUCCUUUCAGUUUGGACAAAUGUUAGGCAGAGCAGGCAGCACUGUUGGGUUGUUCCAACACCUUCCCCUCCAUACAGUAGAAAUGCCCAGUUUAUUUUUAGCAUGGUUUUCUUCUGGAGAUUUCACCUGGCUCUCCAUACAACAACCAUAUAGCUUCCAAAUUCCCCUCUGUGCUUUGCAUAAAUCUCUAAGUAGAAAAAAAGUGGAACCUGUGCGCUUCUUUAGUGUCUCAUUGACGUCUUCCUGCAACAAGGAGCUACCCUGGAGUACUCUGCUUAGAAAAGAGGACUUAAUUCGGAGGGAGGAGACAUUGCCUGUAUUGAUAGUCAUUGCUGCUUUUGAUUUGCAUGCCGUUUGGUUUGCAAACACAUUAUUUGGGGAGUUUGAUUCUGAAGGACUGAGAUGCACUUAUGGGCAGUCUUAAAUGGCAGAUGUAUUAUCAUUUUUUGUCGUUUUUUUCCUGAGAUGGUAUAAAAGACAUGUUGCUCUGCUUAUUUAGAAACCAGUGCUGUUUAUUCCAUGAGAUAUCAUUAAAGUUUCUUUUCAAGAAAAAAAUAAAUACAAUUUUAUAUAUUUUCAAAUGUAUAAUUUCCAUCCGGUGUUUAAAAACUUGAAUUUUAUUUAAACUUGAAAAUGACUUUGCCUUAACUUUUAUACGAGACAAUGUAGAGUUAGUUUAUUUUUUUUCAAACCCCGACAUGUUACUAAGGGAGACGCAUGGAAAUAUUUAGUCAUACCUAACGUCAGAAGUCUUACUUGGUCUUAAAGUACAAAUCUAGCAGCAUUUUGGUUUUGUAAAAUUUAUCUCAACUCUCUUUUGAUUAACUUUGUUCCUUGUUUUUAUUUUCUGUUUGUUUUGGGGGGAAAUAUAAAUCCUGUAAAUGCAAAAUAGUCAAUACUGUAUCAAAUAUGUUCUUUGAACUGUGUGCUUUGCUUGUACAGUUGUAAAUAAUCAGAAAAUAUAAAGAGGUACCUUAAAAUGAUUUAAAAAAAACAUAUAUUGAUCUUGUUGAACUAUUAAUGUCGCUUUUGAGCUGGAUGUAGGAUAUCUAAAUGUUUGAAUUUCUUUAAAAAAAAAAUUGUUCUGAUGUGAAGAAUUGCGUCUGCCUCACUUUGCAAUGUGGGCAGGUUGUCUGAUUGUAACUUUUUAAAUGCCAUUCUCAUUCCAUUUCCAUGUGUUUUCUCAACAAACAGAUGUUUGUUUCUGUUGUUUAGCCCCUUCACUGUGCACAAUGAGAAAAGGGGAGAACCUACCUGUUGUACAAAUACACAUCUUCAAAUGACAGUACAAAGUCCAUACUCUGUCCUGUGACAGACAGCUUAUAUCAAUCUGAUGUGUGAUUUGGCCCAUAAAACAGUUCUUUAUGAAUCACAGUAAAGCACAUUUGAAGCACAGGAACAUCAAAUAUUUCACACACAACCAAUGUCAAUUCCUCAGCAGCAUAAAUUAUAAUUUGUACCAGACAACCUUUAAUCGUUUGCCGCAAAUUGAUUAAGCAUGGUUGAUAUUCUGUAAUUUUGCUUUUAUUUGAUUUUUUUGUUUUUCAUGAAACUGUACAUCGACGGAACUUUCGUAGCCCCCAGAAGUAAUAACUGUACUUAGUUUUUUUUGGUAGGCUUUACCAGUGUUUAGACUCAAUCAUAAUAGUGUAGAUAUUUUUUACACUUCUCAUUUUCUUGCAGAAAUGAUUUCUGGCACACUGUAUAACAUACUGUGCAUUGUCUUUUUGUAUCAUUUGAUCACACAUGUGGACUGCGUUUAAUGUGGCAAAAAAAAACUGUGCCAUUUAAUUUGUUUCAGCCUGGCAGUUUGUUUGACUUGUACAUAAUAUUUAAGCGCCUGCCAUUUUAUAUUUUGAUAUUUGUUGUUACUCAUGGGAAGUGUAGCCGGUCCAGCAUUAUAAAACUGGGAUUUAAAAUCUGAUACCACUGACAUUAGACAAAGUACUCAUAGCAACCUGCAUCUGACCGGGUAUCUGAUCUGGCUUAUGAAGUCGAGGCAUGAUUGUCUGUAAAUUUAAGCUGGUCUAUGCUAGUAGGCCUAUCUAAUGCAAAAUGCUAAUGCUGUUGUCUUUGCAGAUUGGGUAUGGAUAUGUUAUCAGGCUGGGCACUGUGAGUGUGUGUGUGAGCGUGAAGUGUACCACCUGGGGUCAGCAGAAGUAUAAAACACAAAUGCAAAGUUGACUGACGGUCAAGUUAACCCAAGGUUCGUUCGCCAGCUAGGUGUGUGCAGCAUGAUGAUGAGAAAAUGAUUUUUCAUUCAAUGUUAUUGGUUCAUCUCUCCAGAAGAUGAUGGCACUGCUUACAGUACGAAAGACUGACUGAACUUGUGUUGAACUUUUUCUUAUUUUGCUCGCACUACUAAAGCCCUGUUGUAAUGUUCGGGCUGUUCUCCUUGUGUUACUGUACACAGACAAAGUCUCUCAUAUCAGGCCGUCUCGUUCUCCUUGCCCAGUUCGCUUCGAUCUGCUUCGUCUCACCAGUUUGACAGUGCCAUGUAUUUUUUGCAACGGCUACAGCUUGUUGUAAGUUGACCUUGCUUCUAAAGUGAUGUGACAAUGCACCAACUGACUGGAAUGAGACACAGCCAUUGUCUCACUAUCAACUCACUGUGGUCAAUUAACUCAUUUUUACCCAUACCAUGUUACGCUAACAGCAGUGGACAAUCGCUGACUUUAUGGGAGAGAAGAACCUAUGAACAUAACAGUAGUUCAUGGAGGUAUCUUUGAGUGCUUUUGAUUUCUUACCUAUUCUUCCAUUAAGACUGGAAUCAAGCGUACAUGUCAACUAUUGAUAAUUUAAGUUACUCGUGUCAUGUUAAGCUGUCUAAUUUGGAGGGAAAAAAUGUAGCUUAUUGAAAAAUAAAGAUUUAGGCACUGUUA